AUGUCUAUUCUCACCAGUGAGUUUUUCUGUUUACAGUAAAGUCAAGAGCGAAAAGUUGUCUUAGUUAUACAACAUAUACAAUACAGUAGUACACAAUAAAUGUACAACUACCACAAUAUUGUAUUUUUCUUCUGUCUCUCCCAGUCUCCUCAUCCACACCAGAGACAGAUCAGUAACUUUAAGUUGCUCUCAGCACACAUUUGAUGGACUUGGAACAAGUAUCUCACUCAUUGACCAUGCAGUUAGUCUUAGCUGGGAGGAUGACAGGUAGUGAGCUGCAGGGAGACUCCAGAUACCAGGUCAGAGGGUUUCGCUGUGACCUCACUCUGUGACACUCCAGAGGGAGGACAACAACAGGAAGUGGAUGUGUCAGCUGACUGA